GAGCCAGCAAGAUGGCAGGGGAAGCUUACAGGCGCUGCCGCCGAACUGCGCCCUGUCUCCCAGGCCACGGUGUCCUGCUAGCGCUCGCCUACGUCAGGCUGGCUCGCUCCGCAUUUCAAGCUCAGGCCCGGCGGAUUCCAUAGCCGUUUUGGCUCAGGCUCUUUCGCGGGCUCGGCUUUUUGCUGACUUGUGUUGCUUUUUUUGCUUGCCUCGGGGGGGCCCCAGCAGUCCGUGGAGCGGAGGCGGGGCGUGCCGCCGGGGCAAGGCGUCAAAGACGAGCAUGGCAGCCCUCCUGCGCCGUGCCCUCGCCCGCGGCGGCGUCGCGCCCUCGGUUCGCGCAGCCAGCGCGGCGCCCCCGCGCGUGAUCCUGGAGGAGAGCGCCGGCAAGCUGGAGACGGCCAUGCUCAGCAACGUGCGGUGCUCGCGGCACGAGCUCCUCUACACCUUCAAGUCGCCUCUGACGGGAACGCGCAACCGCCACAGCCUGCAGUACAGCACGACCGAGCAUCUGACCGCUGUUCCCAGCCAGGGCGACGAUGCCUUCACGGAUGCGUCGAACGUGAAGCGGAGCGGAGACGGCAUUUGGGUGUUCAUGAACCACGCCUUCCACACCGAGGCCACCGUGUACCUGCGACCCGUGGAGCACCGCCACAUCGACCCCUCGGUCGGCUGCGUGGCUGUGUACGCCGCCAAGGACCUGGUGCCGGGCGAGCCCCUGACUUUCGACUACACGCUCAACGAGUGGGAGAUGUCCACGCCCUUCACGUGCCUCUCGACCGGCCGCACUGUGCAGGGCUUCAAGCAUCUCACCGAGGAGGAACAGCUGGCCGCGAUGCCGCACGCGUGGGCGCACGUGAGGCAGAUGUACGACGAGUACCGUGGCAUGGGCGCGUCAGUCACCAGCCUGCGCCUCGCGGGGCCAGGAAACUACACCUGGCUCAAGAGUGGCCAGGAGUGACAGGGUACGGAGUUCUGCCCAGCUCUCAGACCUUUGCAGGUGACAGAGAUGGCUCUCUUCUGUCACAGGCUCGCCAUCCAACAAACACACACCAACACACAAACACACAAACACACGCUCCCAUGCCAGUCAUGGUGGCUCUCGCCUAGAUGGCACCUGGUAUUUCCG